CGAAUGAAAGAGCUUAUGAAACAAAGAUGGUUUGCUAUUAUUAUCACAUGGUGGCGUCCGUUGGGGCACGGUUUUCGAUGGCCAACCCUUCGGCGUUGAGAGCCGAGCAUUCCAUGGCUCCUGAUCUGUCCUCCGACCAUUCCGUUUUCCGCGGUGGUUCCUCCUCCUCUCCUAUCCGCCGUCGCGAUCUCGUCUUCGUCGUCAAUCCCCGAGGUGCUGAUGGGAGAACCGGUAAAGAGUGGAAGAAACUGCUUCCUUAUCUCCGAUCUCGCCUGGCUAAUGAUUAUAGCAUAUUUGAGUCUUUGACUUCGGGUCCUUCUCAUGCAAUUGAUAUUACUAGGGAGGCUAUAAGGGAGGGCGCUGAUGCUGUGAUUGCAGUUGGAGGUGAUGGAACUCUUCAUGAGGUUGUUAAUGGGUUCUUUUGGGAUGGGAAACCUGUUGCUAAUCAGAAGAUAGAGGCUGUUCAUUCAACUGCACUUGGUCUCAUUCCCUUGGGGACUGGGUCAGAUUUUGCCCGAACAUUGGGUUGGAAAAAUGAUCCCUGUGAAGCCAUAGAACGCAUUGCUAGAGGGGUGAGAUCACGAAUUGACAUUGGUAUCAUUAGCAGAGAAGGGGAAGCAUCUCAUUAUUUCAUAAAUGUUGCUGAUGUUCAUCUGAGUGCAAAGGCAGGUUAUUAUGCUUCAAGGUACAAGAAAUUUGGCAACUUAUGCUAUGUUAUUGGUGCAUUGCAAGCUUUUAUUGGGCAUCAUAACCAGGACCUUAGAAUCAAGGUGAAUGGGGGUGAGUGGCAAAAAUAUUCUCAAGUGACAGCCCUCUGUAUUGGAAAUGCAAAGUACUUUGGUGGUGGCAUGAAAAUUACACCAAAUGCUGAUCCUCACAGUGGAAGUUUUGAGGUAGUCAUUCUUCAGGACUUCAAGUGGUAUGACUUCAUUCUAAAACUGCACAAGCUAUACAAUGGAACACAUUUGUCAUUGAAGAAUGUGACAUCAAGAAACGUAUAUACAAUCGAAGUAGAUGACAUUUCAGGCGGUGGCAGCAUUUUCAUUCAGUCUGAUGGGGAACAUUUAGGAUUUCUUCCGAGGAAGUUUUCUAUUCUACCUGCUGCUAUUGAGAUGAUAUGCUGACAUGAACCCUGGAAAAACCGCUGUUCUUGAUCCAAAACAAUCCAUGUUACCAAUUUACUCUAAAAUUAUGCAUCUCCAUGCAAAAAGUUGAGUAGGACAAGCAAAUAACGCCAUCAACAUAGUAACGGAGAUAUAUGGGACAGAAUACUGGCUGACAAUGAUAGGGAUGAGUCAUUGAGUGGGUUCCUUUUCUUUUUAGUAUCUUUCCAUUUGCUUACAUUCAGUAAAUUUUGAGACAAGCACAAUCACUUAUCGGUGCCUGGGAACUUGUUUUACAUUUGUUUCGUGUAAUUUGUUGUCUUGCCAAUGUUGACAUCACUUUUGUUACAAUGAUGUGCAUUUUUAUUACCGGGAACUUAGGUGCCUAUAAUCAAAAGUAAUCUGAAAGGAGAUUAUAGUUGAUAAUUUCCGCCACAUUCUCAAUAGAUAAAUAGCCAAGAAAAGAUGAAUCCUCAUGGGUGCUUCUGGUGGCAAGGGGUGUAACCUACCAUAAUCGA